AUGUCCGGCUACGACACAAUACCUUCAGCGUCUAAGCUGAAGGUCGAAAUGUUCACAUUAUCAAUCCCCGAGCAAGCCCUGAAUGACUUCAAGGAUCUACUUAGAUUGUCCAACUUGGCUCCAAAGACCUACGAGAAUCUCCAUACUGACGACGGGAAUUUCGGCGUCAGCCAUGAAUGGAUGACUAACGCGAAGAAUUAUUGGUUAACUAAGUACGACUGGCGCGCCACUGAGAAGUACAACAACUCAUUCCCCAAUUUCAUCGCUCAAGUUCCAGACGAUGACGGAGAGAUAUUUCGCAUCCAUUUCGUUGCACUGUUCUCUAGAAAGGAAAAUGCCGUCCCGAUACUCUACAUGCAUGGCUGGCCAGGUAGUCACCUUGAGCAUCUCAAGCUUUUCGAUCUGUACCGCAAGAAGUACACUCCAGAAGAUCUCCCGUAUCAUGUCAUCGCGGUCUCUCUACCCGGUUGGACGCUUAGCUCUGGGCCUCCGCUGGACGAGAACUUCACCUUAGCAGACAUCGCGCGUAUCAUGAAUAAACUGAUGGUCGGUUUAGGCUUUGGCAGUGGUUAUAUCUGCCAGGGCGGAGACAUUGGUUCGCUCGCCGCCAAAGUCAUUGCAGGAACGUAUGACGAAUGUAAAGACAACUUCAUCGCCGCUAUGGUAACCCCCAAGAUUGAGGCCGACAGUGGACUCCCCCCAGAUGAGAAACGCGCCUGGGAAUCCCGCGGCUUGGUAUUCAGAUCAACCGGGAGAGCAUAUGGCCUCUUGCACGCCACCAGGCCCGCGACCAUCGGGUUCGUUCUGUCGUCGAGUCCGCUUGCACAACUUGCCUGGGUCGGGGAGAAGUUCAUCGAAUGGAGCGAUGAAACGCCUCCGCUGAAAGAUAUUCUUGACUCGGUUACUUUGUAUUGGUUCACCAAAACGUUACCGCGGUCUAUCUACUGCUACCGUGAGUUCGCCGUUCCUGGUGGCCAGUUCCCCCACGGAGAUCCAAAGUACCUCAACAGUAAGCCAGUAGCAUACUCGUGGUUCCCCAAAGAAGUGGCACCGAUGCCAAGGGCGUGGGUUGAGGCACAAGGGCUUAAUCUUGUGCUGUUCAAAAAGCAUGAAGUC